AUGUCAGAUGAUGAAGAUGACCAAAGCUUUCACGCUACGCGUGACGGCUACCCCUAUUUGAGCGAUGUAGAAUGGGAUGCGGUUGAACGAACGGGUUCAACCAUGGGCAUCCAUGCUGUUAGCGUCAUGCUAGAGGCUCUCAAUAGAGAUGCCCAACAUGCUACUAUCGUCAAGUUCAUUUUGAAUGAACUUGACGCAGAACGCGAGAAAGUAGCCUUGCUUCACCAACAAGGUUCUCAACAAGCAGAGUUGUUGAGAGAACAGGGUGCUCAACAGUUUGAACUGUUGAGACAGCAGCAGGCUGCUGCUGGUUGGUCGAUGCACUCGCGUCGACCCGAAACCUUGAAGAUUGACAUCUCCAAGUACAGGGGAGUCAAAGAGGACUCCCUCUUGAGAUGGUUCGUCGAAUUGGAUGACGCCACAAGGGCGCGUCGCAUCGACGAUGGGGAAAUGCAAGUCGCAUUUGCCCAGUCAAAUCUGGCAGGACGUGCCAAGACUUGGGCACUGGGGCUCAAGUUGCACGACCCAUAUGCGUUUGGGUCGUUGGAAGUCUUCAAGUCGCAGCUCAGACAAACGUUUGAACCGCCAUGA